AUGGCUACCGACGAGACCGCCCGCCUCCCCCUAGCCGGCCGAGUUGCCAUUGUCAUUGGCGCCUCACGAGGUAUCGGUCGCGCCAUCUCCCUCCACCUCGCCUCCCUCGGCGCCCGCCUUGUCCUUUGCUACGCCUCCAACGCAGCGCAGGCCGACCUCCUCGCCGCCCAAAUCAACUCCUCGUCAUCCACCUCCCCGCGAGCUGUGGCCGUCCGCGCCGAUGUAUCCGUCCCCGCCGACGUCAAGUAUCUCUUCGACCGCGCCGAGUCAGCCUUCGCGUCGCCGGCCCACAUGCUCGUGUCCUGCGCCGGGUAUGGCCGUAAAUGGGUCAACGCCCAGGUCGUCAGGGUCAACGGUGAAUUUAUCUGA